AUGCCGGCGACGGACAAGUCGACCGAACAGGGUGCAAAUGACAAGUAUCACUACGGAGUUUCGGAAAUGCAGGGAUGGAGAAUAAGCAUGGAGGAUGCGCACACCACUGUGCUUAAUCUAGAUGAAGAUUCCCCGGAUCCCAAUACCUUCUUCGCUGUUUACGAUGGCCACGGCGGCUAUGCAGUGGCGAAGUAUGCUGGUCAGUUCGUGCACAAACGCCUUAUUCAAGACGAGGCGUAUCACAAGAAGGAUUACGCUCUUGCUCUCAAGAACGCGUUCCUUGGGACUGAUGCGGACAUGAAGUCGAGCCCUGAGUUCACUCGCGAGCCAUCUGGAUGCACGGCUGUUGCUGCACUAGUCACGAAUGAUGGCAGGAUCCUUGUGGCGAACGCUGGAGACUCACGUUCGGUAAUCGGCGUCAAAGGCGAUGCGAAGCCUCUGAGUUACGACCAUAAACCCCAAAACGAGAAGGAGAAAAGUCGUAUUGUGGCUGCUGGUGGAUACAUUGAAUAUGGUCGGGUCAAUGGUAACCUGGCUUUGGCCCGCGCCCUCGGCGAUUUCGAGUACAAGAAGAACAACUCUCUUAGUGCCGAAGCUCAAAUCAUCACUUGUGACCCUGAGAUUAUCGAGCACCAGGUCACAGAGGAGGACGAGUUCCUCAUCAUUGCUUGUGAUGGUAUCUGGGACUGCUUGUCAUCUCAACAGGCUGUCAACGUUGUAAGAUUGCUCAUCUCCCAAGGCCGCCGUCUACCUCAAGUAUGUGAGGACAUCUGCGAGCUGUGCCUUGCCCCCGACACGGCCUCCGGCGCGGGAAUUGGUUGCGACAACAUGACGAUCAUGAUAGUGGCUAUUCUCAACGGCAAGUCCCAGGACCAGUGGUACAACUGGGUCACCGACCGCGUGAAGAAUAAGAUCGGCUUCCAAACACCCGAAAGCCUCCCACAGCUCUAUUCCACGAGCCGGCUUAUGUCGUUCAACGUGAAGCGCGAGGCGUAUGAGAAGCGUCUAAAGGAGAGGCGAGAGCGUGAGGAGCGGGAUCGGGAGAACGGUAUUACCUCUGUUGGUGAAGGCUCAGCAACGUCACUCUUCGGUGGCUUCGCGAACAUCCUCAGUGGCGAUGGCUCCUUGGUCCUUCACCAUUCCGAUGUGGACGAUGGGGACGACAGCGACGACGACGACAUUGAGAGCCAUGGGAUCAGUAGUGCCGGAUUCCUUGGCGCCGCCGGCAUCGACGUAACGAAGAAUCUUCGAGAACAGUUGCAAGAGCUCGACCAGAUGGGCGCGUCUCCGGAUCACGACGUCAACAUGAAUGACAUCGAAGACGAGGAGUCAGGCCAGGAGGACGGCAUGCAUCACGAUGGUGACGGCGAGCAAGACCCGGAGUCUCCAAGCUACACGCUCAAGAGUAGUGCGAACGGCAUCUCCUCAUCGGGCUUGUCAACUCUCGGCUCUCGCGGAGGCGAGACACCCCCACCCCCGCCUACGCCGCCAAACGGGAAUGCCGCGGUCCCGGCGCAGCUCAAGCAUCUACCCGACGGCGAUGCUCCGAGCGCGGCGGUGAAGGCGGAGGGUCUCAUGGACUCGAGCGAGAGCCCGCUCAAGGUCUAG